AUGCAGGUCAUGAGAGGCUGUAGAACGAUGAAAAUUUCAACGUUUGAUAUUGUUGUCGGUGAUGUUAUACCUCUUGGAAUGGGUGAUCAGCCGGAUGACCCCUCACAAUUGCACUCAGAAGUUGGCUCUUUUUCUUGUGAGGGUAUUGCACAGAACACCACCGGCAAUGUGUUUGUUCGCAAGGAUGGUGGAGAUGUAGAGAUUUCUGGAUCUCCAACUGAAAAGGCUAUCCUCUUUGGCAGUCAAGGCACAGCUUUGAACCAUAUUCCGCUGCCUAUAUUAACUGGGGAUGAAACUGAUCCUAAAGUUCACAUAUAUUGGAACGGAGCAGCUGAGAUGGUUCUUGACUCUUGUACCAGAUAUCUCAAUUCAAAUGGUUCAUUGCAAUCCAUUGAUAAAGAUAUGGAUUUUUUCAAGGCUGCUAUUGGCGACAUGGCUGCCUGCAGCUUGCACUGUGUUGUUAUUGCAUACAGACCAGAUGAAUCGGACAAAGUUCCUACUGAUGAAGAGAGCUCAGACAAAUGGGUUUUGCCUGAAGACCUUCUCCCUUUUUCAUUUGGAUUAUGUGGAUCUCUCCCUCUCUUCAUAAUUGAUAAGUCAACCAUUAUAAGACCCAGUGAUGCUACAAGAACUGUUUUAUCUCAAAGCAACUGGAAUGUUGAUGGUUAUCCUAAAAGAUCCUUGCAUAUUCUUGCUUUGGAGGUGCCAAUGGUCACUGGAGACAAUAUUCAAACAGCAAAAGCAAUAGCUUUGGAGUUUGGGAUUCUCAGUUCAGAUGCUGACACUAAGGAGCUUAUCAUUGAAGGAAAAGUAUUCCGUGCAUAUUCGCAAAAAGAAAGAGAAAUCAUUGCCAAGAAAAUAACGGUGAUGGGGAGGUCGUCUCCUAAUGACAAGCUUUUGCUUGUGCAAGCCCUUCGUUGUGGAGGGGAAGUAGUAGCUGUGACUGGAGAUGGCACAAAUGAUGCUUCCGCACUUCAUGAGCUUGCUCUUCUUAGCAACUUGAUUCUGUUGCUUGGAUCUUGUCGUAAUCUCGGAAAUGAGCUUCCCCGAUUCGAUGCUCCAAGAGCUUGCCAAAUCAUUGACACAUACCGUUGA